CGUUUAAUCCCAUUAUAGAUUCUUAGCUAUACUCCCUAAAUAUUACACAGAGAAAUCAAAUUACUUCAAUCCCGAAAUUAUGAACAACCGGUUCGCCCAUUUGGAUCUGGAGGCUCUGUAUGGAAUUCCCCUGCUCUGUCCAGUGGAAAAGUGCCAGUCGCAAAUGUCGCCACUUGAGAUGCUGGCCCAUCUGCUGAUGCGUCACAACCCGCAGGAUUCGAUGACAGAGGUCGAGGCAGAUGUGCCGACGCAGUACGAGGUGGAGCUGGAGAAAUUGACGCCGGGAAGGAAUCACCCAGUGGGUGUGAUAGCCUACGGGGGAUCCCCGAAGAAGGGUCGCAGCUGUGCGGUUACUGCGGAUCUGCAGAUUGUCCAUCAUCUGCCCAUUAUUCUCAUGCUGUACGUGAGUCCACCUAUGUUGAAUAUGGAACAGGCCUACAUAUUCUACAUGGUGAGCCCUGUGGCCUCUCGGCAAGUUAAUGCCCAUCUAUCGAUCCUCGAUGGAUCCCAUUCCAAAGAAACCCACGGAUUACGCUGCCUGCGGAAUGCACUGGACAGUCCUUUGAAAGACGGCGAGGAUCUGGUCUAUUGCAACAUGGACUAUCUCCUGUACACAGACAUCGAUAUCCGAGAGCUAUGCCCUUCGGGAAAAGAGCAAAGGAUCUUCGUCAAGAUCGUUCUGCAUGGUGAACCCGACAUCUUCGAAGUGAGCACCCAGCAAGGGCCGGUCGACUAAGUGACUCAUUUGACUCGAUAAACACUUAAGUGCCGCGCCGCCAAUUGACGCACACUUGAAAUUCGAGUGGCUGUCAAUAAUAUUCUUUCCUCAAAGAACUGUCAGAAAAAUCGGUUUCCCCCAUUCAUUCAGUAUUUCUGUUUUGGCUGGCUUGAAACUGGGUCACACAGAGAUAUUCGGUGUUGUGCAGACAUCAAUCACCAGGGCCAUCUAAUUAGUUAGCCACAGGCCUCUUAUUGUGGGAAAUACUAGAAUGAUUUCUUCCGACCGUGAAGAAUGAGGUUUUUAAUUAUGUGUUAAAUCUGGCUGUGCUCUUUAACAUUUCUUCUUAUUUUCUCUAAGGUUUUUUUCACUUUCGUUUCAUUGACACACUUUGCUGCAGUGGGGUGGUACCUAUUUAAUUAUAUUAUUUUAAAAGCAGCGGCCUUAAGUAUAACCAAUA